AUGUCGGAUAGUCUUGAAGAAAUAACAAGACAAUACAAUGAAUAUGUCUUGGAGGAACACGCGAGAAGUGUCGGGUUGUUCACAAUCCCUGAGUACCCCGAAUUCGAAGUACAGCGCGGCAUGUGGUCUACCGCGCUGGACGUCAUACUGACGACUCUUCGCUACCUCGCUCCCGCUACCCUUCUCACACUUUUCUGGGGGCAACAGAGUUUUCUGUUCAAACUAUUGAAGUAUAUCGACUCUGCUUUCAGAACCUUAAUAUUUUCUAACGAGGAGCAAAAGCAGUCAGUCUUACAAUGGUUAGCAGAGGCAGGACCUGUGAGGGUCGACGACCUAGAGGUAGUAUGGCAACAUGGUUGGAUAGUUUGUGGGGUCUUAAAUACAGCACUUCCCGGCGCAUGCGCAGGCCACCCCCCGACUAGUCUCUCUCUGAAACAUGCGCAGGCGAUAGCAGAUCAUUAUCUUGGUGUCGAGCCGGCAUUUACUAGGCAAGAGUUAGAAGCAAAUGAUUCAUUGAGUAAACAUCAAGUGUGGAAACUGAUUAGUUACCUGGAAAAUAUUCGAGUAGCUCUCUCCAAACUAACACCGCCAAAUACCAAACCAACGAUUCAAAUUACUCAAAAAGAUUCCCCGCAAUCAACUCACUAUACUUUAAAUUAUAUAGCCCGAGGAUCAGGACUCACGGCUGCUCAAGUGAAUAACGAAGUCUAUUUUAAAAUAUAUCCCACAGCUCAACAAUCUUUAGAUCCUGGAGAAAUAACUGUACUGAUAAAUGGUCCAAAAGAAACGUACGGAAUGACUGUUGUGCCACCGAUAUUAGGCAAAGCUCAAAUGAUUAGACAAAACUUACUAGGGCUACAAUCAAAACCAACUUUAUUCGAAAAUGUUCUUCCUAUAACUCACGGUACGACGUACUUACGAACUUAUGGAAAAAGCGAUAUGAGCAAAACAUUCCAUAUUCCAAAAACAAAGUACGACAUAGACAUCGAAAUCGAAGUGAAGCAGGAUCAUGCGAGAAUUGGUUAUGUUGCAACAUUAGAAGGCAACUACGAAAUUUCAAUUAUUAAUAGAGGGCAAAACAUUGUUGGAUCUCCGUUUAUCGUUACAGCUUCGAAUGAUAUUGUUAAAAUACUCGAAAGAGAUAGUUUCUGCUUAGAAGAUGGUGAAGAAAUAGACAUCGUCGAUGUUAAAACAGAUAGAAAGGUAGUAUUGCGAAUAGUAGAUUUUGUGACGGAAAAAAUGCUGCUAAAUGAAAAUGGAACUUUGGAGAAAAUAAGUGAAGAAGAAGCAAAAUACUUGAUGGAAAAUGAUAACAUUGAUAAUACAAAUGAUGAAGUACUUGUCUAUUCUAGCAAAACAAAACAUGGGGAAUCAGCAAAAAUAAAUAUGAAAUCGAAGAAGUUUUACAACUCAGUGAACAAAAUUUUGACGGCGAAUCGCUUUUGUAAUAUGUUAAAUAAUAUUAAAAAUAAACAAAAUUUGACGAAUUAUGAUACUAAGAUUUUUAUAAAUAAGCCAGAUGUACCAGACAUUGUUAAUUCAACAUAUUAUGAUGACCGAAAUAAAUCUUGCCAAAAAGAAAAACGGGAUAGGAUCAUAAUUCCAGAGAAUAUUUCUGUUUCUCUGCUGACAGAAAAACCUGAAACUACAAACAAAUAUAACGUGUCAGAUAGCUUUCUUCGUAGUGAGUGUACAAACAAUAACAAUAUGUAUAUAAGCGAUCCAUUUGAAGACGACAAUAUAUCCGUUGAUACUGUUAAAUCCUCAAAUAACCCCUUCCUUAGUGACAUAUGCAAUGAAAAUUACGGUAUUGAAAAAACAUUUGGUUCUUUCAUACCAAAUGAAUUCGAAUCAAAUAAUUCUCAAAAUGAAGAAACAGCAAAAGCAAAUGUAAAAAUAGUUAUUGAAAAUGAAACCUCCAGCGAGGCAAAAAAUCCAUUUCUUGAUAUCAUAGAAAUGGAACGCCCAAAAACGCCUGUAUAUAAAAUUAUUACCGGAGAAGUUACUGGCCGCGAUGAUUCGGUUUAUAUAGACGAAAAAAACAUGAGUAAUGAAAUCUUUAGAAACUCACCUAACCCUUUUAUAGACCAAGAAUUAGACCAAAAAAAUAUAUAUAAGGAAAAGCCAGAUUUCAUUAUCGGUGCUCCUGUUUCUUUACCACCUAUCUUUAAUUUAAAAUCAAGUACUUCAUCAGUAAAUAACAAUAUUAGUGAAAUUGCUAAGAUUAAGCAAAAGAAAAAUAAUACGAUAAAAGAAGUGUAUGACUACAAAGGUAAUAUUACUGAUUCAGCAACAAUGCCUAUAUUAUCGGCUGAUACAGAUAAAUCAUCAAAUAAUUCUAAUUUUGGCAAUAGCUUGGAUUCAAAUUUGCCAGAAGAUAUAAAUAUAUCUCCAAACAGUAGCCCAACGCCUUCUAAUGCAAGCAAUCAAAUGCAAGCAAGUAGAGAAACGUCACCAAGAAAAGAUACGUGGGAUUCAGCUUAUGUUAGUAUAGAUGAUAACCAUUUCACAGAAAACUCUGAAAUUAAUAGCGAGACCUUAAAUAAGAAGCUUCAACUUACUAAGGAACAUUCAAAAUUGAAUUUGGUUGAAAAAGAACAAUGGCAUUUGAGAGAUGCUACGAACGCUGAUGAUGAUUAUAAUAAACACAAGUGCGAGAAAAGGUCGGAGUUUAUGCCAAUAAUCGAAGAAAACGAAAAAAUAUUUUUGAAUAGCACGAAGGAUAAGACUGUGAAGAACAAUGAAGCGGAUCCAGUGACCGUAGCUUUUGCCGAUAUAAACGAUAUAUAUGACGAUUUAUUUAAAAAUUCUGAGAUUAGUUCAGAAACAACAACGCAGGACUGCCAAUCCCGGAAUUUAGAAAUUGAUUUUACCUUAGAGCGAAACGAAAACCAUGUCGAUUCUGCAUCUGAAUUUAGAACAGAUGUGAAGAGACAAACGAAAAUAUUAGAAGGAAAGAUUUCUGAGAUUCAGGCAAAUGUCACUGAAUCCGUUUCAGUAAGUCGAAACCUUCGUGCUAAAGGGAAGCAAUAUUAUAAAGAAGAAAAUAAUAACGAAAAUAUAGAUCGUAUAAAAUUUGGAGAUCCAAAAUAUACAAACAUUGUUUUAGAAAAGAAAAAGUACUGGGAUGAAAGAAUACGACAGAUUGAGGCCACUAAAUCUGAUGAAAUUAAAUCUCAACAACAUAGAAGGCGACUGACGUCUAAGCACUUACGCCGUAACGAUUCUUUAUCAAAAAGACGAGGUAAGAAAAUUGUCCAGAAUUUCUUAAGUACAAAUCAAGAUGAGUUCAAUUCAUUUAAACAACCAAUUGAUCAACUAGAGUCUAUUGAUGUUCAAAAUAACUUAAACGUUGAUGAAAAUGAGAAAAGAUGUUUAAAUAACAAUAUACAAAUAAAUCAAAAUGAAUCAACAUCUUGUUUUGCCAAAAAGUCUUCAGAUGAUAAAGAUCGGUCGGUACUCGACGCCUUCAAACAAUUAAAAGUAAGUAGUGUGGAUUUAGUAGACACGGCUAAAGAUAACGACGAACCGAGUUCAAAUUUACACUUAAAACAAGAAUUAUCGGAAAAACUAUUUCAGGCAUUUGAAACAAGCCCAAAGAGAUUUUUCGGUACCUCUAGAAAGCAUAUUUUAAAUAAAAUCGAUACAUUUUUAGGGUUACCGGACAAUGAAAAUGAAACGAAAAAAAUCUCCAGUGAUAUUACUCACGAAACUGGCUUAGUUUCUAGUCGUAUAUCUUUAUUCCAUAAUAUAUCACAAACAGAAGAAUUACCAUGGUCACGUAGAAAGUGUAUAUCGAUGUAUAAUAUCACCCAUCAAGACAGUGAAAAACAUCCUCAUCAUAUAAGUAAAUCAAAAACAAUCCAAGACUCGCAAAGUGUGACUGAAAAACAAACAAAAAAAAUCAGUACCUCAUGCGAUGAACCAAACAGAAGAGUUGAAAAAACCGAAACAAAUGAAACCUCAUUAAAAGAAAAAAGAGCACGGAUGAUACAAAAUAAGUACAACAAAAGUUUUGAUGAAACAUUAUACACACCUGCAAAUUAUAUCGAAACCACGAACGAUUACGUGAAAAGAACUAUAAACGAUUUUAACAAACAAAAUGAAGCAAAAAAUUAUACUUCUAAUUCUACUCCUACAAAAUCUAAACUUAAAUCAAUUAGUAAGUCUGAAAUGGAUAUAUUUAACAAAAUAACAACUACACCAGAAGAAGUUCUGGAAAAACAUAAAUCGUAUGAAGAAUUACCAAAAAUUAAUGUAAAAAGUUUUAUAUCUCUGUAUGAAAGUGUUUCUAAAACUUCUAUUAUGAAAAAUCCAACAACCAGAAGGAGUAGAACAAAUUUUGAGUCUACGAAUAGCCUACCAGUCCCGAGUUCUAUUGGAACUGGAAAAAAAUUAACUACUUCACCCGAUGAAAGCGUGACACAAUCAUCUAUAGAGGCUACCGUUAGUGAAGAAUUCAUUCCGUUGAAUGAACGUAAGCAAAGGUUAGAAAGUAAAACUUUAGAAUAUCCUAGUAGAGAUACUAAGAAUAACGAUAAGUCUUUGGAUGUGAAGUUUAUAUCAAAUCAAGAUAAAGACAACGAUUUAUUCUUAUCGGAUAUCGAAAUAGAAAUUAUUGAAAAAGAUCCAGAAAAGAAUUUAGAGUCACCAAUCGAGAAAGAAUCCGCACAUUUGGAAUACAAAAAUCGUUUUGCAAUGGCAAAAAAAUAUUUUCAAUCGUUAGAAGAAUUACGAGAAGUAAAGAAAACGAAAACUGUAAGUAAAAGACAAUCCUUAACAAACAGCCUAUCUACUGAAUCUCUUGAAGAAAACAAACGACCGAGGAAAAGGAACAAUAUAAAGAAAUCACGGUCAAUGCCAUCAUCAGAAAUUUCAAAGAUCUGGAACGAGAUGCAGGAGAAAGAAGCGGAAAAUAAGAAAUUAGUAAAGAUAUCAGAAAAGUUUAAUGUCGACGAUUUGUUUGAAGACGUUAUGGAAGGGCGAUUAAGUCGGCAAGGCAGCUUAAGAGGUAUCCCACAUAAGAAAGCAGUUCUUGAGACGUUUCGAUCUAUGGAAAAUAUAAGCGACAAUAAACUAAAUUCCUAUGAAAUGGCAGUAUCGCAAUUGAAUGACUUCGCUGAAGAAAACAAGAUAAAAAACGCUCAGACUUAUUUAAGCGAAUAUCCUUAUCUGCCUACAACUGAUCCGUCCAAAUACCACUCAAGGUUAGAUACCAAUGCGAGUGGUCUAAUCACAUUAAAAGAACUAAAGAAGAUACCAAGACGAAAUAGUGUGCCUGAUUUAAGAUUGAAUCCAUCAUUCACUGCUGAUUUAUGAAACACAUCUAUUCCGGACUUCUAAUUACUUAAAAGUCUUGUUUAUUUAGGUAUUAGCAGUAUUUUACGUACCUUAUAGUUAUAUAUUUUUGCUAAAUCGAAUCGUAACUUAGGAUAAUAUUUUUCAUUAACACAUUGAAAAUAUUUCGUUGUAACAUUUUAAUUUAGUACGUAUGUACAAUUGCUUGUACAGAUUUUGAAUCUUAUUGUAAUUUUAAGGAUAUAUUUUAUUUAUUAAAUAAUAAAAAAAUUAUUCAAGAAUAACAGUAUUUUAUUUAGUAUUUGCCAACUUUUAAUAAUAACGAAACACAAUUCAUUUUUAUACUUAAAGGUCAUGUUAAAGAAUAGAUUAGUUUGGUUUUAAGCUGGGGGCUUUGAGUAGACACUUGUGCUUUCUAAAGAGGAUUUUAUACUGACUUAUAGUUCUUUAAAAUAAUAUAUAUCUUUCUUAUAAAUUAAUUAAGUUAUGGCUUCAUAUGACAAGACUAAUAAACUGUUCGAACAC